AUGACAACUGAUCAAACUACAGAAACAGAAAUAGAACCGGGUGUCGGCGAAAGCCAAACCCGCGGGCGGCGGCAGCGACGCCGGGAUGACAGCGCCGAAACCAACGGCUCCGAACCCGCGCCUCUACCUCCUCCACACCUGAAAAUUCGGUACCGCGAGGAGAUCGUUCCCUCAAUGAUGUCCGAAUUCGGGUACCCCAGCCCCAUGCGCGUGCCCCGUAUCACCAAGAUCAACUUGAACAUAGGUCUUGGAGAGGCGUUAACCAACGGGCGGGCCAUGGAGAGCGCAGUAAGGGAUUUGACCACUAUCUCCGGCCAAAAACCCAUCAUCACCCGCGCCAAGCGUUCCAUCGCCGGAUUCAAGGUGAGGGAAGGGAACCCGGUAGGUACUACCGUUACCCUCCGUGGCAACCGCAUGUAUUACUUUUUGGAGCGGUUGAUCAUCACGGCCCUGCCUCGCAUCCGAGACUUCCGCGGCAUCUCGCGGAACGGAUUCGACGGGCGUGGUAAUUUCUCUCUGGGCCUGCGCGAACAGAUUGUGUUCCCGGAAAUCGAUUACAACAGUAUCGACCGGUUGCGGGGGUUGCAGGUUACCAUCACCACCAAUGCCCCUGACGACGCCGAAGCCAGCCGUUUGCUGGAACACUUCGGCAUGCCGUUCAUACGCGAAUAA